UGAACAUGCGCACAUCGGCGUACUGAGCUAAACGACGCACACAGGAGGGUUCCGACCACCAGAGACCACAUCUUCACCGUUACCUGGUACGCUUGAGGCCUGGGAGUGAAUAUCGGCGCCCCUGUUUUGGGAGAAGAUGUAGCUUGUGCAAGGUCUGGCUCCUCAUCCCAACGACCCUUCACCCUACCCCUGUUCUGGAGGACUACGUUCUGCCCCCCUCCAGCCCUCCUGCUCCAUGUGCAUACAGAGCCCCCAGUAGCUGGACCACAGGACACUGCUGAGCUACAGACUGGCCCCUCGCUCUUUGGAAAUGGAGUCCGUCGCAGUGAGCAACCUCCUAGACCUUGACCUGCCGCCAGGAGCCCCGGCGCUGACCAGGGACGGAGGUCACAACAUUUUCUCCCCAGACGCCGCCCCCUACACAGGGGCCGCUCUACCAGAGCCCCUGGUCCCUGCAGGCCGCAGCCCCCGUCGCCAGCCCGACCAGCGGAGUCAGGAGGACGGGGAGAGCCAGAGUGACGCCACAGAGUCGGCAGACAGCGAAAAUGACAUGGACCCAGCCUCCAACCGGUGGGAGCUUCGACGGACAUCGUCCUCGUCCAAUCACAGUGGCGAGGAGCAGGACGCAGACACAGUGGAGAGGCGGGAGUUCAUGAAGGCCUAUGUGGAGAAGAUCUUUAACGGAAAAGAGGACUUUGCCCAGGAGGAGAAGGCUCGUUUUGGGGAACUGUGCAGCGGCGAGAACGGCAAAGGAAGGGAGUGGUUCGCCAAAUACGUCAGUGCACAGCGCUGCAACUCUAAAUGUGUGAGUGAGGCAACCUUCUACAGACUUGUGCAGUCAUUUGCUGUGGCUCUCUUUGAAUGCUACCAGAUGGAUGACUACAGCCCUGCCAAGAAUCUCAUGACCAUGUGUUUCACAUACUACCACAUUGGGAGGUUCCAGCCAUCCCCCUCUGAUUUGCUGGGGCCUAGCAGCUCAGGCAUGGACUCCUACCUGGACAAGGCCAACGUCUGGCUGACCGGGAGGAAGGGCGCGGCCGAGCGGCUGCUGAAGACCACCCCCAAACCCGACGUCAGGGGCUUCUUGGGGGGCUUGGAGAGCAAGCUCAGGGGGCCGGCAGUGCGCAGGACAGAGGAUUCAGAGUCUCCAACAGAGACGAAGCCUAAAUCACCAGGUGGUUUCAACACAGAGGAGCAGAAGAUUUACCUGUACACCCACUUGAGGCAGCAGCCCAUCUGGCACACAUUAAGGUUUUGGAACGCUGCCUUCUUCGAUGCUGUCGACUGUGAGAGGAAGAAGAGAUCUCCCACCACAAGGGGAACACGGGAGGAGAGAGACCAGAGGGAGAGGUGGUGCCACAUGACUCAGGAGGAGAAGGACGAGAGUUCUAAAAUGGAUGAGAACAUUGCCUUUGGCCAACUGGGUACCUUCACACACAACAUGCUGGAGUUCGGCCUCAGUAAGAAGCUCUGCAAGGACUUCUUGAAGAAGCAGGCGAUCAUCGGGAAUCUCAACGAAGAGCAAAACAAGUUGCUGAGUGACCACAUUGACAAGAUGGCAGCUGACUGAGUGGGCACUACUGGAUGUUUGAUAGACUCACACUCACACAGACAAACAGACACACAACACAAACAGACACACAACACAAACCGACACACACACAAUAAGGUGAAGAGCUUUGUAGCAGCCGCUCCAUCAUGUCUCCGGACUCCUCUUUGAUUCCCUCCCACUAGAGCAAUAAUAGAAAGUCGACUGUCUAUCAUCGUCAUCAUCAUCAUCAUCAUCAUCAUCAUCAUCAUCAUCAUCAUCACAAUAACACUCCUCGACUACCACUCUGUAUGUGUUCCUCCAAUGUGUGUUCUGAUGAUAGUGUUAACUGCAUUCAGGUAUGCCGAUGUCACAGCAUUCUUAAUAUGCAUGUAUUAGCUUGAUAGAUAAAUGUAGGAUCCAGUAUUGGGUGGCCCUUUUGAAAAAUGCAGCUUUCAUGUUGCUGGCUAGGGCAAUAUGGCUGUAUUUUAUUAGAUACAUUUCUCUACCAGUCAAUCCUGCUGUUCUUAUUCUAUGUUAGUGACCUGGAAUGUAGUUGUACUUCAUAUAGCCAAGUAUUUCUAGGUCAAAACCCAUCCGUUGCUAUUCUGUCCUAAAAUGUAGUGAGCUUGAUGUGAAUAUUCUUAGUAUGGAUUUUAGCGAAGGUUCAACAGGUUCAUGUUUAUUUGUAACGGUAAUCCACAAGUAUACAGUAUACAUUUUCACAUUCCCAGUAGCUGUUGCAAACCUAUACACAACUGUGUUGAACAAUGAACCAACUCAUCUGUCCAAAGACCAUAUCUUAACCCUAACAGACCAUUAAAAAAUGAUUUAGUGCCUUUUCAUGUACCUUCUAACAUGUUUGUCGUGGUCAAUGUAAAAAAUCCUCAUUCCUUUCCAUCUUGAUACCAUUUUAUUAGUGUAGUCUUUCAACAGACUCAAUGCUUGUGCUUUAGUGAAUAACCAGAUCAACACAUGUAGCUGUAGGCGGGUAGAAGUGUUGCAUUUGAUUGUGAGCUCUUCAUUUAGAAGAAUUGCCAAGAAUUAGGAGCAUGGCAGUGGCUGUUCCUAAAUAAUUACCCAUACUGUGCAUGUAUAUUUAUUUAGAAUAGCCUGUGAAAUGCCGUUGAGACGGCUAGACUGCAUUGCUCAAUCUUACCAAUAGGCGGUAGCAUUGUUUCUCCAGUUCAUCUCUCCUCGUACAUCUCACUAUAAAACGGAAUGUGUUGGAAAAAGCUGUCCCUGUUUAAAAACCCAAACCAAUGUAAACAUAUUUGUUUUUAAAUCGUCAUUUUUUAAGGUAAUUAAGUUAUAACUAUUGUAUAUUCCUUCCUGUGCAUUUUCCAAAACUUUGUGGAGCGAAUUGCCUAUGUUUUGCAUAAUCUUUGUGACUCUUUUCUGAUUAAGAUGAAACUCAAGUGCUCCCUUUUUGCCUCUAUGAUACGAUCAUUAAGAAUGCAGUAAGAUAAUGCAUGUCGUGACCUUUCAGCUGACUGAUAUGACUCAUUGAGUGUCAUUCAGCGCCUUGCCAUCCAGCAAUGUAACAGAUGGAGCCCAGUUUGCCUUCCAAGUCUAUUCCUCUCCACGUUGUCUAUGGUGAACUGACCCUUAAUACCUCUGGUGUUAUAAGCCUUAUUUGACCGUCUCGGCAACCCUUUUGUAUAAACGAUUUAUCUUCCUAUAGCUCGCAUUUUAAAAGAACCGUCCAAUGUUUUUGUUGCGGAGUCCUUGACUUUUGUACGAGCUGUAUAUUCACUCAGAUAUCUUGGAUCUUUAGUGAGUUUAACCGACCCGUCCAACUAAGCCAUAAUCAAAACCACUGAAAGAGUCUGGCCCUUCAGAUCAAUGUAAAGCAGGGACCCCAUAUCCACCUGGAUAGGCUUUUGUAUUUUCCUUGCAUGCUGCAUGAUCUCUGGUUUGGGCAUUUAUUGUUUGAAGUUUUCACACUGGGAGCAUAGGAGAGUAGUAAUAUUCAACCUUGCCCAUUCAUCAACCGUGUGACACAUUUUAUACUCAAAAUUGUUUCCUUACCAAAUGAAGUCAAGAUGAGGUCCUUGGUAUUUUGUAAACAAUGCUAUGACAGGCAAUAGCUACAUUUGCAUGCCAAUGUCAAUGAUAUCCAAUGUUGAAUCAAGCGCUGUAUUAAAAUGUUCUUUUGA